UCUUUUAACAGCAACUGAGUGAAGAUGGCAGUGCGCUACGAGCUGGCAAUCGGUCUUAACAAGGGCCACAAGACCACCAAGAUCCGGAAUGUCAAGUACACCGGCGACAAGAAGGUCAAGGGUCUGCGUGGAUCUCGCUUGAAGAACAUCCAAACCCGUCACACCAAGUUCAUGCGCGAUCUGGUGCGCGAGGUGGUGGGCCAUGCCCCCUACGAGAAGCGCACCAUGGAGUUGCUGAAGGUGUCCAAGGACAAGAGGGCCCUGAAGUUCCUCAAGCGCCGCUUGGGCACCCACAUCCGUGCCAAGAGGAAGCGCGAGGAGCUGUCCAACAUCCUCACCCAGCUGAGGAAGGCCCAGACCCACGCCAAGUAAACGGAACCCAGCCGAUAGUUCGGAAUCCGGAAUCGGUAUCGGAAUCGGAAAAGCAUUUGGAGCGCCGCGUUGUGUUUUUUAUUUUUUUCCGGUGUGAAACACAUAUAUCUAUAUAGACCAACAAUACCAUAUAUAUGUCGUCGUUACUUGAGAGCGAGUCUAAGCAUCCCAGAAUUAAACAACAAAAAAUCUUUUAAAAACCACAA